AUGUCGCGCUUGAAGAAUGUCUACGGAGACUUGCGCAAGGAAAUGACGGCAACAUUUGAUCGCAAAGACAUGGUGGCGGUCGUUACUGGCGGCAAAGCAGCCGAGUACGCGAACCUCAAGCACCUGCACGUGGGCUCGCCUCCGAGUGACGUCAGUGAUCUUGGCGACGCGACAGAUCUGGACGAGCUGCUGGCAAUGGGAUCGAGUCAGGGACCCCAGACACAUCCGGGGAUAAUUUGGUGCGCGAUGUUUUCAUUUACUGGCUUCUUUUUGCUUUUUAUCGUGGGCUGCAUGGUCGCCAGCAACUCGCUGUAUAUCAAAGCUCGACCGCCAGCUGGCAAACCCAAGUCGUCGUUAGCAGCAAGUGUCUUCCUGGCGUCGUUCUUGUACUUGUGCGUCUUUGGGACGAGUGUCAUGUACUUUCAACGGGCACGUCGGGCCCAGAAAGUGUAUCAGCUCUCGCUCGACGUGCAUGCGGAUUGA